AUGAGCAAUUUCAUCGGUCACAUCACUUCUACUUUUCUGAUGGGUGAGGCCUUUGUGGAAAAUUUCCCUAAUCUCUCGGAAGAUCUUGGAAGAAUCGACGAUUGCUUUGUGACACUAUUCGCCGGGACUCCUCGUCGGAUCCCGCAUCCAGCGGCUUCAGCAGGACAUGCGGCUAGCGAUCGGCUACGCCAUAUCUUUUCGAUCUUUCAUCGGGCUUUUACUGCUUGGGACGACGGGAUUGACGCCGGCAUCGAACUGCGUGAUCUUGACGAUGUGUCUGAACUGGUCAAAGAUAGGAUGCGGACUUUCCGAAAAUUGGAACUAUCGUCAGGUGCCAGUGCAGCAGGGCACUUGUCUCUGUAUUAUGAUCUGAUUGAGCACACGACCAAUAUCACUUUUUGGACAAUUACUCAUCUCUUUGCCGAACCUUCCCUUCUCGAUCAAGUCCGCAAGGAGAUCACCUCUUACGUGGUGGCUUCUAGACCAAGUCGCGAGGAGACAGGUUUCCCCUUCGAUGAACCUCCUCGUCUCUCUCUGGAUAUUGAAAAGGUGCUCACAUCUUGCCCGCUGUUCAAAGCGUGUUACUACGAGACUGUACGUCUUCAUUCAGCAGGAAUUUCAUUCAAGAAGCUGGCGUCGGAUCUGAUACUUUCCGAGUCGGCAGAAGAAGCCGCCUAUGGUCUGACGGAGCCCCGUACAUACAAGAUUGCAAAGGGCGAGGAUAUCAUUGUACCCCAUGGUGCUUAUCACCACGAUGCUCGAUACUUCUCAAACCCGGAGCAGUAUGAUCCCCUACGAUUUCUCGUGACUGACCCUGUAACGGGAAAACAACGGGCUGAUCCAAGUAUCCUCGCUCCCUUUGCGGACGGGUUGUAUGGGUCAACAAACAAUGGAUUUACCGAGAGAGCCAUCUUGACUUUCACUGCUGGCAUUGUGGCCUUGUGGGAUAUUGAGCCUACAAGUGGUGAAUUCCUCUCAGUUCCAAGGCACAAGACUAGCUGGGGGGCUUUCCGACCGACCAAGGAGCUGCGGGUGAAGAUGAAGUUGAGGAUAUAG